UUUCCCAUUGCAGUGAGCCAGCUUGGCUGGCUUGUUAAUGCACCUUUCAUAUGAUACAGUAAUAGUGUAUCCACUCCCACAGAGGGUGAGCUUUCAGUCUCACGUGACUGUGCAGAAUGAGGAAAAGGAAAUGUUCAAAAGAAUCUGAACUCCAUGCUUGCCUGAAGCCAUAUCUAAAAUGGGAUAAUUGCACAAGAAACACCAAGAAGGUAAUACACAUUUGCCUGUUUUGGACAAACUAAACCAUGUCCACAUAAAGGGGACUUAUCCCUGGUGAUGGAUUGGGCAUCAAUGAGGAUGAUUCCGUUUGAGCAGCAAAUGACACUUUAUGAAUUAGUAGUCCCUGGGACUAGUUCUGUUUAUUUUUUCGACCUUUGACGCAUGCCUGACACUAAGGGAAAGCAGCUCUGUUAAUCCGCGUUUUGGGAGCCUGCUCGUGACUCAUUUAGUGUCCCAGGUCCGCCCUGUUCCAGCAGGACUGCAGGGGCCACUUCAUUCUCGGAAUCAGCGCCUCGUAACCGCGUAUGGAGACCAAGUCCUGCGUCUGGUGCGCAGCUCGAUGUCCUGAAACCGGUUCCUACAAUAAUUCAGAGCAUCAGGCUCUACCUCUGCCUCUGUGGGGAGAUAAAACAUGCGAAACACAAGUCGGAGUGUUUCGAAAACUCCGAACAGUGAACCCCCUGUGUCCAGGUUGUUUCUCCGCUGAGCGCGCACUCCUCCUCCUCCGAGCAUCCGCGAACAUGUCUGCGAGUCUGCCCCCCUCUAAAGCCCUCUACAUCGGGAUGGAGGUGGUGAUCGCCGUGUCGUCGGUCAUCGGGAACGUGAUGGUGGUCCUGGCUGUGCGUAUGAACCGGUCUCUGAGAGAUACCACGUUUUGUUUCAUCGUCUCCCUGGCCUUGGCUGACAUUGCGGUCGGGGCUCUGGUCAUCCCGCUCGCCAUAACCAUCAGCAUCGGACUCAAGACUCACUUUUACAGUUGUUUGCUGGUUGCCUGCACGGUACUCGUCCUCACACAAAGUUCAAUCCUGGCGCUGUUGGCCAUCGCCAUUGACCGCUAUCUUCGAGUCAAAAUCCCCAUGAGCUAUAAGCGGGUGGUGACCCCGCGGCGAGCUGGCACGGCUGUAUUAUUGUGUUGGCUGGUUUCCAUUGUGGUGGGCCUCAUGCCCAUGUUGGGCUGGAAUAACCUGAAGCAUCUUCGUAACAACGGCACCAAUAACACUGGAGACCUUUUGGUGACCUGUCAGUUUGAGACGGUCAUCAGCAUGGAUUACAUGGUCUACUUCAACUUCUUUGGCUGGGUGCUGCCCCCUCUGCUCCUCAUGCUCGCCAUCUAUGUAGAGAUUUUCUACAUGAUCCACAAGCAGCUCAACAAGAAGGUGACAGCGAGCCACACAGACCCCAGCCGUUACUACGGCAAGGAACUCAAGCUUGCCAAGUCUCUGGCCCUCGUUCUUUUCCUCUUCGCAGUCAGCUGGCUCCCCCUUCACAUCCUCAACUGCAUCACCCUCUUUUGCCCCGCCUGUGACAAGCCAAUCUUUCUGAUAUACAUCGCCAUCAUCCUCUCCCACGGAAACUCAGCCGUCAACCCCAUCGUUUACGCAUUCCGCAUCAAGAAAUUCCGCACUGCGUUCCGGAAAAUCUGGAAACUGUACGUGCUUUGUCAGGAUCCAAUCGGCCGACUUCCUCAGAGAGGGAGUCAGGGAGGACAGAGUCAUGAGAGGAGACUGAGGCAAAACGAUGAUGAUGAUGAUGAUGUGUGACCUUUGGAAACAUAUUGGAUUGCUGAUAACUGUUAAGUUUCACUCCACUAGUUAACUGAGUGGAGAAGACUCGGCCUUAUUUGUAUGCUCGAGGGAUUACUGGUCAAAAUGGCCUUAAUGGCUUGAAGAAUGCCCGAGGGGUGAAUGAGAUGAAGGAAUUUCAUUGUGGACUGUCUCAUCUAAUAGAAGAGGAAGAGGGCAGGAAGACAAAUCAGCAUGCUAGACUGACAUCCUGAACCAAACUUUGAUUUAAAAAAUGAUACAUUUGUCAACUGACCGACAAAAUGUUUUUGAUGUCAUAUGGGAUAAGGGGCUUCUCAUCAGCUUCAACACAAACCUGUUGAGCUUGAAUCAAUAAGUAUAAAAUUAUAGCACAUGCAGGAAAGUAGUUGUAUACGCUGUAAAAACCCAUUACGAUUUCACGUGAAUGAUCUCAAAUAGUUAAGUGUUGCAUUAUGUGCUUAAUUCAGUGGUCUAAAGGACAGAACAUGUAACGAAGAGGAACCAAGGCCUUGUGGUGUGUGACUUGAGAAAACCAGUGGUCAGCAAGCAGGAAGUUUGCAAAACCAGCUUGGUUUUAAGAGGUGGACAGGAACACAGGAGGUACUGUAUCUCUGAGUGCAUGGAUGAAGAAUUGCAGGGAGGACUCAGUUGGAGUAAAUGUCAUUAGAGGCAAGCCCUUUAUAUAUAUAUAUGUACAGUACGAGGUGUUUUCUAGGGGUUGUGAAGAUUAUGUUCAUUGUUAAGUUUCUGAGGCCUUUUGUAUAGCGGAAUGACUCAUACUAGCCAAUAUUUGUAGCUUAAACAGCAUCAUAAUGAAAAUGUAAAAGCUGUGAAUAUAUGGACAGUGGUAAAAACCAUCCACCUACCUAUUAGUUACUAAGUCACUGUAGCUUCGUCUGAUUUUUGAAGGCUGUGAAUCUACCAAGUCUUGUACAUUAAUACCAUUAACUUUUCUGGUUUACAAUGAUUGUACCUAUGUGCUUCUUCUGUACAUGUAUACAUGUAUCCUCAGCCCCUUCCCACUAAUCACAGGGGUUUACUGUUCCUUUACGUGAUCCCCCCCCCGAUUCUGUAUGAUGAGGUACGCAUACCAAUGUGGUAUCAUAAUACAAUUUACAUUUAUUUAUUACUUAUUAAGUAUUUAGCUUGAGAAUAGGGGAGAUUUAACAAGCUGAGACUAAUAUAUGUAUGAAUGUUAAUGCAAAACAGCUGUAAAAUGAGUGAGCAGCCCCCCAAGCAUCUCACUGGAUUGUUUUUAAUGCCACAGAUAACUCGAUAAAAAGUAAGAGAAAAAACUCGAUACAGGGAAGCCUAUUUUAAAUUUAUAAUAAUGUAAGUGUGGAAAAUCUGGUGGGAGGCCAUUUCUGUGCGCAUGCUUUGAUCUUCUGUCAUACAUGAAAAACAUGAGGAGGUUAUGAGAAGGCAGAAGUGUGAGAGAGACAUGUGAAAUGUUACGAGGAUUAUUCUGUUUACAAGGGGAAACCAGCAGGCAAGAGUGGCAGCUGAAGAACCCACCGAGAGUUUUUAUCUCUGAUGAGGUCAACAUGGAGGCCACCUAGAUGCUUUCCCACACAAUAACCAGGCCUGUUAAUGUCACUGUGUUGCUCUGUCUUAAUCUGCUGUUGCGCAUCGUGUUACAUCACACACACACACACCACACACACACCACACACACACACACACCAAACACACACACACACACACACACACACACACACACACACACACACACACACACACACACACACACACACACACACACACACAAAAUGUGUUCAAAGCCACUAUGUGUAGAAUUUGUUAAAGGUGUUAUUGCUAAUUCUCAUUAUUAUGAUAGCAUUGGUUUUUGAAUGUAGAAAAAUGGGACAAUCAUGGACACAAUCGGUACAAAGUCGGUACGUUUGUUUUCGCCUAUUUAUCCUGUGACGUCGGGUCAGGCCAAUAUACGGACAAAGUGAUAGAGGAUGGAAAAUUUUGACUUUUCACUGGAUACCUUAUAUGUGUUCUGCAGUUCCAAAUAUGUGCUAAUUUGUGCUAAUAAGUAGUAGUCGGUAUGUUUGAAUAUUUUUUGGAAUCACUGCUCAGUUUGUAACUAUCACAACUACAACAGUGCAUUUCUCCAUUAGUAUGUUAUUCACUGAUAACCUUAUUAAAGUAAUACAUAAUACAUAUCAAUAGUAUGUUAUUGACUUUUAGACCUGGCGUAGGUCUUCAGUAUCUUUUUGAUAAUGCCACUAGGGGCGCCAAAGUCUGGCAUUUUUAAUUCUAGACUUAGUGGCUUUAAGUGUUGAUCAGUUUACUUCAGUGUAAAUAAAAUUAACAUGAUCUGUGCAAUAUUCCUAAAUGUACACUAACUAUAUUAGUAAAUCUUUAGCUUAAAAUUGUUUAUGUGAACGAUUUGAUCCAGAACCAUAGCGCUGGAGCCUCAAAGUAGUAGGUGCUAAUAUGAUGAUGUUUUGUUUAUCCCUUAUUGUGAAGGAAAAGUGAAUAAAUGGGAAAACAAGAUGGAGUGAACACAGAAAUCAGAUUGUUAAUAUUGGAUGAAUGUGUACAUUGUGUCAAUGCAGCUGGUUUUACUUGCUGUGCUGUUGGGAAAUGAAAUUCCAUCAAACACAUGCAAAAUGAAAUAAAGUUGCUUUUGUUAUACAA